AUGGCAAUAGCCAAAGGCAUGCAUACUCAAAUGCUAACCGAGUACCUGGAAGAGAAAUCGGUUCAGCAUCGUGGAAUGACCUCCUUGAUAGGCUUGACUCAGUCCCUUAGUGAUGAGUAUGUGGAUACGCUGCUCCCCACAUCAUCAGGCUCAAUACAUCGGAUGGCGGGCGUUAAAAUGCAUAUCAAGCUCUAUCGAAUGAUUGCGAAAAUCAAUAGUAGCAGUUCCCGCGAAAAGAUAGUCACCAUGAUAACUCUCCUGAUUCAAGCGGUUUACGCAUUUGAUGGUAGGCUUAACAGGAUAUUUAUUAAUUGCACAAAAUCAGCUCUUGCAAACAUAGCCAGUAUGGCAGACGAGCUUCGAGAUAAACUCCUACUGCAACUGGAUUAG